CGGCCAGCUCAUAGGAGGCUAUCAUGUUUUUAUGUAUUCAAUUGAUUGUAAAUUUAGGAUAAACUUUUGAAAAGCCAAAAUUUUGGUUAACUUAACAAAAGCCUGGCAUGAUGAGUUGAUAACUUUUUGAAAAAUAAAUGCCACCUCUAGUCAUUUAGUGAUAACAAUGAUGUUCAAUUUUGGUUCCAUAUAUUUUUAUUUUUAUCUACGUGUCAGGGCUUUAGUGAAAUGGUUUUUAAGGAAGACGACGAAUCUCUGUGAACUACAACGGAUUUGCUAUGGAAAGCCAGUUGGCUUUGUGAGAACAGACAGUGUAGAGUAUUCAUUAUUAUAUUCACAAAUUCCAGAAAUUCAGUUGAUGAUAAAAACCUUAAACGGUAUUGCAGAAAGGAGAAGGUUUUCAGGAAGAAAUCAGAAAAUUGUUUUGGAACAGUCUGUCAAGACUAUAUUAAUUGUUAAGCAAGUAAAACCAAAUAUCCAUAAACAGUUCAUAGUAUCCCUAACUCGAUGUUUCGAACAUAUUUGGGGUUACAAACAACUUGUGCAUGAAGUUGAAAGUCUUCGACUAACAACUUUUGAUUCGUCGAAUGAAGACCACGAAGACAAGCUCCAGAGGUUGUGGCAAGCCUUAAUGCCAGACAUUCCAUUGGAAACCAGAAUAACUAAGCAAUGGCAAGACAUAGGAUUUCAAGGAGAUGAUCCAAAGACUGACUUUAGAGGUAUGGGAAUGUUAGGUUUAGAAAAUCUUUUAUAUUUUGCUGAAGAGUAUACUAAUGCUGCCCGACAUGUUCAUCUGCAUUCCAUACAUCCUAAGUAUGGUUAUGCAUUUGCAAUUGUUGGAAUAAAUUUGACGAGUAUGGUUUAUAAUUUGCUGAAAGAUGGGUCAGCUAAAACGCACAUUUACAACGCUUGUAAAAGUUUACCAUCAAUAAGGGCUUUUCACCAGUUGUAUUCCUGUUUAUUUUAUGAGUUUGACAAGUUUUGGAUUGAAUCUAAACCAAAAGAUGUCAUGGAAUUCAGUAAUAUUAGAAAUCAGUUUGAAACUAAUAUCAGAGAUGCCUUAACCAAUCCUAGCACGGUUUUUCAUAUAAAUUUUGUAGUUGACACUAUAUAGUUUUAAAUUGAAAUUAAUAUUGGCUCUUUGCUAAUAAAUGAUACACCUAAAUAUUCGCAUAGAUUACAUUCGAUAGUAAUGUACUUAUAUUUAAUUUAUAAAAUUUUUUAGAUAAUGAAA